AUGUUGGUCAAAGUACGUGUCGGAGAGUCUAUUUGGUAUUUACGUGGUCUGAGUGCAGGUCAACGAGACGUAUGGAUGUCAGCCAUCGAACGACAUCGAGUUGCCGAAUCCGGUUACGGAUCAGAGAAAACACUCAAUCGUCCCAGCUCUUUGUUGUCUUUGAACUCUGGACACAGUCCCAGCAUUGGCUCGUCGUCUAGUUUCAAACGAAGUCGGCGUUUACGUGAGAAAUUGGCGGAGAUGGAAACAUUCAAGUGA